AUGAGCGACACGGGUGAAGCGGCGCCGCCGCAUACUACCUUCGACCUCAUCUUGAGACGGCUUAGGUCUCUUGGGGUGUACUCUGAGAUGCUGCCUUGUACUCAAAAGCUCAAAGAUCUUGCUUGGAAACCGAUUGGGAUCAUCUUAAGCGGGGGACCAUCUAGCGUGUAUUCCCCCGACGCCCCAAGCGUGGAUCCGAUGGUGUUUGAGCUUGGUGUCCCCGUGCUUAUUGUUCCAGCGUGGCGUGUAGAUCCAAGCAGUGUAGCACCCGGCCAGAACCGUGAGUACGGGGAAACCUCGAUGGCUAUCCGAAAGCUUGGUAGCCACGCCGAUCGGCUCUUCGAGGGACUAGGAGACUCCUUGAACGUUGUGAUGAGUCAUUUCGACAAGGUCGUUCAUCUACCCGACGGCUUUGAGACCAUUGCCACCACUAAGGACAGCGAGUUUGCCGGCAUUGCCCAUAGGUCUAUGCCGAUUUUUGGCAUCCAGUUCCACCCCGAGAUCUCGCACACAGAGCGGGGGACUGAUAUUCUUGCCAACUUCGCUCUUAAGAUCUGCGGCGCUCGAGCAGAGUGGAAAAUGGAUAACUUCUCGGAAAAGGAGAUUAUUCGGAUUCGAAAGUUGGUUGGCGAUAACGCCCAGGUUAUUGGGGCGGUUUCGGGGGGGGUGGACAGCAGCGUGGCUGCCAAGCUGAUGAAGGAAGCUAUUGGAGACCGAUUUCACGCCAUUCUUGUUGACACGGGUCUGAUGCGUCUGAACGAAUGCGAGCAAGUCAAAGAGACUUUAGACAAGCACCUAGGAAUCAAUCUCACGGUGGUGGAUGGAUCCCAGCUUUUCCUUGACCGCCUUGCAGGGGUCACGGAGCCUGAAGCCAAGAGGAAGAUUAUCGGCGGGACUUUCAUUGACCUCUUCGAGAUUGAGGCACUCCGUAUUGAGAAAGAGGCAGAGAACACGCCUCGUGCCGGAAAGGUUGAGUGGUUCCUUCAGGGGACACUAUAUGCGGAUAUUGUGGAGAGCUUAAGUUUCAAGGGAGCCGCCAGUUCUACAAUUAAGUCUCAUCACAAUGCGGGAGGGCUCCCUGCUCGUAUGCAGAACGGCGAGGCGCAGCUGAAGCUGCUUGAGCCGCUUCGAGAGCUGUUCAAGGACGAAGUGCGGGCGUUCGGUCGGCAAUUGCAGAUCCAUGAGGAGCUCAUUAGCAGACACCCCUUCCCGGGACCCGGUCUGGGGAUCAGGAUCAUCGGCGAGGUCACCCGUGAGCGAGUCGACAUUGUGCGCAAGGCGGAUCACAUCUUCAUCUCCAUGAUCCGAGAGGCCGGGAUCUAUAAUGAGGUUCGACGCGACCAAACCCAGCCGUCUGAAAGAGGCUUCCUAACGAGAAAGUUUAGGUCACCCAAGCCUAUGCCGCACUUGAUACGAACAGAGGGAGAUGCCAGGGUUUACGGCUACAUCUGCAUUCUGCGAGCCGUGACCAGCCUGGAUAUGAUGAGCGCUGAGCCAUACGAAUUCAAGUGGAGUCUUUUGAAGGCUAUUAGCAGGCGGAUUGUCAACGAAGUGGACGGCAUUGCGAGGGUCGUAUACGACACCACAUCGAAGCCUCCAGCCUAUAAGCUGGUCGGUUUCUUGCUGUGCUUAGGCGGCCUAGUUCUUGGAUUACAGCGGUGGCAGAAUGAACCUGAGCGGCCCUGA